GUGUGUGAGCGCGUGUGUGUGCUGAAUCAUUUGUUUCAUACUGAACUAGCAAUUUGAUUGCAGGUUGAGUUAUACACUGAUUCUGAAACCUUUAAACUGAUGGGUAAAGAACAUGCACUUGUUAUAUGUAAUCAUAAAAGUGAUAUCGAUUGGCUUGUUGGAUGGGUUCUGGCUCAGCGUUCAGGUUGCCUCGGUAGUUCAUUCGCUGUUAUGAAGAAAUCGAUGAAGGUCCUUCCUGUGAUAGGAUGGGCCAUGUGGUUUUCCGAGCAUCUCUUUCUUGAAAGAAGCUGGGCAACUGAUGAAAGCACCUUAAAGUCAGGACUUCAACGGCUGAAGGAUUUCCCUCAACCAUUUUGGCUAGCUCUUUUUGUUGAGGGCACUCGCUUCACACAUGCAAAACUUUUAGCUGCUCAAGAAUACGCAUCCUCAGUCGGGCUACCUGUUCCUAGGAACGUUUUGAUUCCUCGUACUAAGGGUUUCGUUGCUGCAGUAAGUCAUAUGCGCUCGUUUGUUCCGGUCAUCUAUGAUAUAACUGUUGCUAUUCCCAAAACUUCUCCUCAACCGACCAUGCUAAGACUCUUUAAGGGGCAAUCUUCUGUGGUGCAUGUCCACCUUAAGCGACACUUAAUGAAAGAUCUGCCGGAUACUGAUAGUGCUGUCGCUCAGUGGUGCAAGGAUGCGUUUGUUGCCAAGGAUAAGUUAUUGGACAAGCAUAUAGCGGAUAAUUCCUUUGACGAGCAACUGCAAGACACUGGUCGACCCGUAAAGUCCCUUGUGGUUGUCUGUUCGUUGGCGAUUUUGCUUAUCUUGGGGGCAUUGAAAGUCAUCCAGCGCUUCUCGCUUCUCUCUACGUGGACAGGUGUCACAAUCUCAGCCGUUGCUUUGGGAGUCAUCACCGUUCUUAUGCAGAUCUUGAUUCAGUUCUCACAGUCGGAGCGGUCAACUCCUCCCAAGGUGGGGCCUACUACGCCUAGGAAUGGAGUAGAGUCCUAGGUUACUACUAGAUAAGAUAAAACCGAAAAGAAAAAAAUCUGAAGUUUUCGUUAUGGAGUUUUUAGCAGUUGAUGCUUGCUUUUUGAAAAUCAAUCAUCAUAUUUCGAGUUA